CUCCUUCACCCUCUUUAAUCUCAAUCUAACGCUAUAUAGCUGCUAAUAGCAGAUUGCUGCUAAUUAACAUAUUUACUUAACAUUUUAAGCACACUUAGUGCGAUAUUUUGUUUAGUACUUAAUUACAGUAUAUAAAUUACACAGAAGGAGAACGAUUAAUGAGAGUAACAGCAUGGAUACUGCUUACCCUUGUUCAUGCGCUUUCUGCCCCUUAAUCUUCCGCAAUUAAUGACUGCAGGCAUGUGGUGCUGGUUUAAUGACACUGUGGCCGAGAAGCGAAUUGGCGCCGUUAAGAAUAUGAUCCUUGGAAUACAAUCGCAGCGUAAUGUGCUUAAAGAGCGUGAGCGGCAUCUUCAGAAGCGGAUAAAGGAGUACAAUGCUGUUGCACGCAAGAGUAUUUGUGUAAAUCGAAAUGCGGCCAAAGCUACCUUACAACACAAGAACACCUACGAGCACUUGCUCAAUGAGACUAUUGGGCAGCUUGGUAUAUUAGAGCAGCGACUCAUCGUGCUCGAAUCGGCCAAUAUCAACAAGGAGACUCUGAUGGCCAUGGAACCGGCUAGCAAGGCCAUGAAGCGGAUCUAUGGAGGCCUCAUAAUAGAGAGGGAUGUGCCUAUGUGCAUUAUUAUCUUCCUCCCUUAUUGAGUUGCCUAUAAGGCUUAUUUUUACUAAUUCCAUAACCCAGAGAGACAUUUUAUGAGGAGAAUGCUAUAAGCGCUAUAAGUAAAGACUUUAAUAAGGUAGAAUUGGAUUAUGAGCUGGAUAAGUUAGAAAACGAGGUACUUAAUGCCUUGCUUCUAUAUAAUACCUAGGAACUAUUCUUAGGGUUAAGAUAGGGUUAAAUUAGGC